AUGACAAUUGGAAGUGCGAGUAUGCCAGCAGCCGACCGUAUGCUACAGCGGUCUCCGAUCGAACGACUUCCGCAGGAGCUCUUGUUCACGAUUUUCUCUAUUCUUGUAGAUGGUGCAAAACCUCUUCUGAGAGAAGCCGGGUUAAAACCUCUGCGCAUGGGCGACGUCCCAUGGCUUGUUCUUCCCUCCGUUUGCCGCUGGUGGCGGAAGACAUCCGAUCUUUGCUUGGAACUCUGGACAACCAUCAACUUUUGGGAACCUGAAACUACCGAUAAGCUCUGGCAGAAGUCAAAGGGUCGCAACCUCGAACUCAUCUUCGUCUCUGGGCGAUACGCGCAGUUCUCUUCGAAAGCGGCGGUGUACCAUCGAAGCGCGAGGAAGUUGAGGAAGAACAUAUUCGCGAGGGCACGUUCUAUCAAGUUUGUGCUCGAGGAGAUGCCGCGCGAGGAGUACGACUCCGAUCAACCUGAUUGGGAGAAGGUGAUCGCUUGCUCGAAUGUCGUGAAGCAUAUCCUGGAAACGCCGGCCCCCGUUGUGGUAUCGCUCCACCUGGCAAACACCUUCGACUUCGAAGAAAUGUCUGGCCGUGAUGCACCGAACGUCGCUACUAGUCAUCGGUACAUGAAACCUUCCGACUAUCCCAUGUUGCGAAGCCUGUACCUCGACUCCUGGAUCUCCGUCCCGCCCACCGACCUGUUCUUCAGCAUUCCUUUAACGAGCCUCACAUUCGCACGCGGAGUCUACUUCGAUUCGUUUCUUGAGUUCCUUGAUGUACUCUCUGGCUUGCCUACAAUCGAAGUUUUCAACAUGGAUGAUCAAGACGAUGACAUCUUCUACAUGAGCGAAGCGUUCGGCGAACAGGUUAUGACGGACGCUCUCUCGAAGUACCGGCGGGACCCAGGUUCUAUUGAACUGCCUCGCCUGAAGCUCCUGGAUCUAACGAUGAGCGAUACGGACCUGGCCGUCGAGAUUAUGCGCUGGAUAGUCAUACCUCCGACCACGCAUCUGGUCCUUAGGAGAGUUCCAUUCAUGGUACCUAAGGAGGCUGAGGAGCCAGAUGCAAUCCAGGAAGAGGUGAUUGGGCUUCUUGGAAUGCUGGUAACAUACUUUGCAUCCGCAAAGACAAUGGGACAUAAUUCAUUUCAAGGUCUCGGAGACCUCGUUGCGACGACCGGAACGUCUAUGGACGAGAAAAAAGGAUUGCUUAGCACAUUGUGCAUUCGCGCAAAUCAUUGCCAGCGCUCGGAUGAGGAAGUUACUCUUCCUACCGUCGAAUGCGCGCCGCAGCUGGACGUAUCGCUCUCGUUCCGCGCCGACGAACUCCAGGAUAAUGUUGUUGGCGAUGUCCUGUCCUGUCUUCUUCUUGUACUCGGGAACGAUGCUACAAAAUUGCGUUUGUCAACCGCCGCGUUGGCUUCGGGCUCAAUGGAUACGCCGGCGAGGACCAUAUACCACGCCGCGGCGCUCGACAACGCAUUGACAAUGCACCCUCUGGGUCUUAUACACCUCAAGGAAGGGGCAGAGUCCAUUUCGCCCGCAUCAACGUCGGUUGAAAUCCUUCCGCACCUCGCUGCACUGGAGUACUACGGGUUUCGACCCACACCGACGCCCCACAGUCCAAAGCCGGAGGACGAGAUCCGGUACAUUGGGGACUGCUUGCAGCAUCGUGUAGAAGCAGGGACCCUACGCGAGGUUGCUUUCUACGCUUCGCACAUCAGCGAGCGCGACAUAGAGGCGUUGAAGGAGCAACUUGACUGUAUAGUCAGGUGGGAGGGAAUGAAGUUACCGGACGUUCCUUUAUCGGAUACUCCAGCCGGCAGCGUAGACGAGACGCGGGUCGAGUGA